AUGUUUAGUGAAGAAGAGUUAACAUUGCCUAAAAUUACAACUUAUUCAACCCUGGAAAUUGAAAAAUUAAUUAAAUUAUUCAAUACUAAAAAUAUAUGUGUAGGUGGUCUAAACGCGUUGAAUUAUCCAGAAUUUCGCAGUAAAAAACAUGACAGUUUAACAAAAAAUAGAACAAAAAGAUUAGGCGGCACAUUAACUCCAAAUCGUGCAAAAACAUUGUACAAAAAUAAAGUAGCAAAAAUUCAAAAUAAAUUAGUUGUUUUGCUAAAUGAAAUGGAAAAGUUUUCAGAAAAUUCUGUUGUUGACAUUUUAAAAAACAAUAAUGUUAAUGAAUCACAACAAAUUUUAAUCAGAGAAAUUUUUAACAGUAGUAAGGUAAAACCAAAUAAUAGAAGGUACUCAGAGAACUGGAUAUUACUUUGUAUUUUAUUUCACAUCAGGUCUUUGUCCACAUACAAGUUUCUAAGAGAACAAGGUAUUUUGCCUUUACCUCGCUCUCGAACAAUUCGUGAAUAUUUAACUAUGGUUAAAUCAGAUUGUGGCUUUGAUGACAAAUUUUUUAAAUUGUUUAAGACCAAAAUAAGUUUUUUAAAAGAUACCAAAAAACACGGAGUACUGCUUUUUGAUGAGAUAUUUUUACGUGAGAGUAUAAAUGUUGACACUAAAACAUUGUCUUAUACUGGUUUGGAAGAUUAUGGUAAAGAUAAUUCUUCCUUAAAUUCUGGUCAAAAAGCUGAUCACGGACUAGUACUGAUGUUCCAAAGUUUGGGUUCUAAUAAUACUCAGCCAAUUGCAGUAUUUGCAUCAAAAAGAUCAGUCAAAGGUGACUAAAAUAAAAUAAACCUUUAAAAAUUCACAGUAAUAAAAAUCAUUAAAAUAUUUUAGGAAUUGUAUUCACUCAGUUGGUUGUUAAAGCAAUAGCCCUUCUUGAAAAUGCUGGAGCAAAGAUAGAUGGUGU